AUGAUAUGCCUACAGCUCCAGAUCCAAGAAGAGGAAGAGCUUGCGAUGCGUGUCAUGCGAACAAGACAAAGUGCGACGGUGAGUAGCAGCGGGAGUAAGAGUCCCAGCGAGGAUAUCGCCGCAGAUCCUAGAACGGUGGCCAAUGGUUUUACGUCGCCGGCCCUGAUACAGAAUCUCACACCAGGAACACCGCAAAUCUCACCAAAUGACGAGAUCAAAGCGGGUUUCAAGCGAAUCGCUAAUCAUGUUCGAUCUGGAGAGAUUCCGAUUGGUGAAGACACUCCGGUACCUGCACUUGACAAAAAUUGGAUCGAGGGGAAUUCAAAAGAGUACUUUGGGAGGUUUCAUGAUACAUGGCCUAUUCUCCAUGGACCUUCUUAUGUCACUAUGGAUACAUCACUGCUAGUAUCUGUGUCAAUAGCCAUGAUCAGCUGUUGGCUCAGAAGUCCGGAUGAGUUUGAGGAUGUAGUUUUACAACUGCAUGAGUCGUUGAUGAGCGCGUUCUCUGAUUGGAUCGCGAACCCCAGAUCUCGACAUGAAUAUGAUGAACCAUGGCCUUUUGAAACAUAUCAGGCUAUUCUCAUGAACAUUAUCUUUGCUUUUUAUCAUGGUAAUGAGAAAUUGGUGUCUAAAGCAUCCUUAUUACGAGGCACAUUUGUUGUAGCUCUUAGAGAAGCAGAGUUCUUCAACAGCGACAACGCAGCCGAGCAACAACGCGUUCACUAUCCCGGAACAUUUGUCCCAUGGCUCAUGACUAUCAGAGAUCGUUGGAAGCGACUCAUCGUUUCCCUCUUCAAAAUCGACACGUACCUCUCAAUAGCCCGCUUUCAAGCCCCAACCCUCUUCCGAGAAGAAAUCGAUCUCACAAUGCCAGCAACUUACUCCCUCUGGAACGCCUACGGCCUCAACAUCUUUUUCAAACGCAUCACCCUCGAACCAACAGACCGCUCAAAUUUCAAACUCUCAGAAGUCAUCGCCAACCCCAACACCCCAGCAAAACCCCUACUCCUCUUUGAAGAUAUCCACCUCGCCCUCUGCGGGUUGCUGCCUGCAAUUUGGAAUCAGACUCAGAUUGUUCGUCGUAGUACAGAAGCUGGCCGAUCAACUCAGAAUUCCACUUCCUCUCUUGCCUGGCAGCUUGAGGCGUGGAAAGCUGACAUUGAAAGAGUGAAGCAUCAAUGUUGUCAUGCUGCUGAGGUUGGAGAGUUUCCUUUUACUGCUUACAUUGGAGACUAUGAUGAGGAUCCGGCGAGGGCGAAAGCGUUGGCGAUAUCGAAUAUUAAAUGCUUGAUUUCUGAGUGUUUGAUGACGUAUCAUCUUCAAGGUCUUCAGCUUUACGCCGAUCCUCGGAUGAUUAACUCAGUAGCCAUGGCCUCGAUUGUAUCUCCGGACCACGAAGCUGGUAAAGUCGAAGAGCUUUACUCCACGCCCUCGCCGUUCUUCGUCAAUGCGAGUCUGAUCUCCAAGCAAAUGAGCCCCAAACCCAAUCCAUCGAUCCAACAUCUUAUCUAG